AUGGUGGGCGUUCUAAAGCAAGUUCGAGAAGGGGAUCGCAGAAUACAUUUUCAAUCUCUCGAGCUCGAAAUCAUGGAGUCCAUAGAACAGUCUAUUAUCCCAGGUCUGCCUGAUGAUUUGGCUUUCAGAUGCCUAGCGAAGCUUUCUCACGGGUAUCAUGGAGCCCUCGAGUGUGUCUCUAGAGGGUGGAGAGAUUUUGUUCGUAGCGCAGAUUACUCGUGUUACAAAGCUAGAAACGGAUGGUCAGGGAGCUGGUUGUUUGUUCUUACAGAGCGUUCUAAGAACCAGUGGGUUGCUUAUGACCCUGAAGCUGAUCGGUGGCAUCCACUGCCUAGAACUAGGUCUGUUCAAGACGGCUGGCAUCAUUCUGGCUUUGCCUGUGUUUGCGUUUCGAGUUGUCUUCUUGUGAUCGGGGGCUGCUACGCGCCUUCUGUAUCGUCUUUCCCUCAUCAGAAGCCUGUUGUCACUAAAGACGUCAUGAGGUUUGAUCCGUUUAAGAAAGAAUGGAGAUUGGCUGCUAGUAUGCGAACACCACGGACUCACUUUGCUUGUACUGCUGUCGCUGGCAAGGUUUAUGUCGCUGGAGGUCGCAAUGUAACCCAUUCCAGAGGGAUUCCAUCUGCUGAGGUUUAUGAUCCUGUGGCUGAUAGGUGGGAGGAGUUACCAGCGAUGCCUAGACCACAGAUGGACUGCUCGGGGUUAUCGUACAGAGGGUGCUUUCAUGUUCUGAGUGAUCAGGUGGGAUUCGCGGAGCAAAACACAUCUGAGGUUUUUAAUCCUGUAGACAUGUCUUGGUCGACCGUGGAGGAUAUCUGGCCUUUCUCUAGGGCCAUGCAGUUUGCUGUUCAGGUGAUGAAAAAUGACAGAGUGUACACGAUUGUAGACUGGGGAGAAAGCUUGAUCAAGACUAGGGAUACAGAUGAAGGGGAAUGGUACAAUGUUGGUUCAGUUCCUUCUGUUGUUCUUCCUAAUCACCCGAGAGAGUUAGAGGCGUUUGGAUACGGGUUUGCGGCUCUAAGGGAUGAGCUCUAUGUUAUAGGAGGAAAGGUUCUUAAAUGGGAAGAGUCAGGGGCAGGGAGGUUUGACAUUGUGAGACUGCCCGUCGUGAGGGUAUGUAACCCUUUGGAUAGGCCUCUGAAUUGGAGAGAGACCAAACCGAUGUGCAUUCCAGCUGGUGGGUCCAUCAUUGGCUGUGUAUCCUUGGAAGAACCUUAACCAAGGUGAUUGAAUCUCUCGGGAUACAUAAACUUGUUACAGCUGAUUCUUCAACUGUGUGGCAUGGUGAGAAGAAAGAUGUAGUAAAAAGGAGCAAUGGAAAUCACUUAGUUUUCAUUUAUGCUCAUCUUUUUUUCAUGCAGUGAGGGAGAGGCCACAUGCCAUUUGGACCCUAAACCGAAAUGAGCACUCCUUGUUUAAACUUUUAGUCACCGAUAGUACACUUAAUGAUUUUGUUUUAAGUUUAUAUUGAAGUGGCUUUUGAUCCAGAAACCUCAUAGCAAAGAGUUCACUGAUGUUGGUGUUAUAUUCGAUGUAUCAAACCCCUUGAUGAUGAAUAUCUAAUGGUGACAGAAGAAAUAUAGAACGUGUCCUAAAAACUCUUUAUGUAUUUUUUUUUUGCUUGCUUUAACAACAUUAGUGACAAUUUUUUUUGUAUAACUCAUAACUGCUUUAAUAAGGACUUUGUUACAUUUUGGUUC